CCUUUUUUCACGAAAAACCCUAAAAAGGAAAUUCUGUCUUCCCCAUCAAGCAAAGCGAAGAGAGAAGAGAAGACAAAGAGCGAAGUUCGAAGAAGGGAGAAGAACCACAAGGAGCCACAGAAAAUGGAUCCGAAGCUAACAGAGGUUUCGCAGCUCUUCGAGCGCUUCAAAGCCGCGUUCGUAAGGCACGACUACGAUACCUGCGACGGACUCCUCUCCCAACUCAAGGUCUUGCUGACACAAUUCAGAAGCCUUCCGCCAUUGUUUGAAGACACGCCUAACGCAAUCCAUGAAUUAACUUUAGCAAGGGAUAUAUAUGAGCAUGCUGUUGUUCUCAGUGUGAAGAUCGAGGAUCAAGAUGCAUUCGAGAGGGAUUUCUUUCAGUUGAAGCCUUAUUACACAGAUGCUGGAAGCCGGCUUCCACCAUCCCCUCAGGAAUAUCCAAUUUUAGGUCUCAACCUGUUGAGACUCCUUGUGCAGAAUAGAAUUGCUGAAUUCCACACUGAACUGGAACUUCUUUCUCCGACUGCUUUGGAGAAUCUUUGCAUUAAGCAUGCGGUGGAGUUGGAGCAAUCCUUCAUGGAAGGGGCUUACAACCGCGUGUUGAGUGCUCGACAAACAGUGCCACAUGAGACUUAUGUCUACUUCAUGGAUCUUCUGGCGAAGACAGUCAGAGAUGAAAUAGCUGGAUGUAGUGAGAAGGCAUAUGAUUAUCUUUCAAUUAAUGAUGCACGACAAAUGUUGCUGUACCCUUCUGACCAACAACUGUUGGAAUACAUCAAGGAGGAGCAUACUGAGUGGGAGAUAAAGAAUGGCUUUGUAUUUUUCCAGAAGGCAAAAGACUCUGCACCUUGCAAGGAAAUACCUUCUCUGCAACUGAUCAACCAGACACUCAGCUACGCAAGAGAGUUGGAGCGGAUUGUGUAAAAGAGAGCCAAACUGGCAACGGUUGUUAGUCUGCUAUCAAUUCCAAUACCGAUGCCGAUUCUGUUAUUUCAAAUUAUUUGCUUCCCAAUUUGUAUCCUAAUCCGACCACUCUGUGGCACAAAUUUUCAACAUGUGCCUUGGCAUUGGCAUUCAUAAUCGCUUAGUGUUCAGUACAUUUUUACGUUUCUUAAAGUGGGUAUUAUUCUCUGAA